AUGAAAGAUAUCAUAGUUGCCCAUAGAGAGACGAAAAGCUGGUCGGACUGGGUUGCCCUGGGUACCGUACGUCUCCUCCGAUGGGGAACUGACCUGGCUACCGGCUACAGGCACCCUAAAGCAGGCGAACCAGCACCGCCCAAGCACUUCCAGAUGAACGAACGAAAAUGGCUUAUCCGCUUUGUUUUCCUGGAGACCGUGGCAGGCGUCCCUGGAAUGGUUGGAGGAAUGCUUCGGCACCUUCACAGCUUAAGGAAGAUGAAACGUGACAAUGGCUGGAUCGAGACACUCCUCGAAGAAGCAUACAACGAACACAUGCAUCUCCUUACCUUCCUCAAACUUGCUGAACCAGGUUGGUUUAUGAGGCUCAUGGUACUCGGCGCUCAAGGCGUUUUCUUCAACGGUUUCUUCCUCUCCUAUCUUAUCUCGCCACGAACGUGCCACCGAUUCGUUGGAUACCUAGAAGAAGAAGCUGUUUUGACAUACACACAUGCCAUCAAGGACUUGGAAGCCGGUAAACUACCGGCUUGGACAGAUUUGCCGGCACCGGAUAUUGCAAUUAAAUACUGGAACAUGCCUAAAGGAAACCAGAAAAUGGUUGACUUGCUUUACUAUAUCAGGGCUGACGAGGCCAAACACCGAGAGGUCAACCAUACGCUGGCUAAUCUGAACCAGAAGAUCGAUCCCAAUCCUUAUGCUGCCAAGUAUGAGAAUCCGGAAAAGCCUCAUCCUACUAAAUCUGCCGAAAUUGUCAAACCCACCGGUUGGGACCGACAGGAUGUCAUCUAG